AUGUCUCUCACCAACGCCUCGCCUGUUGAUUGCGCAAAGAGCGCCAAGUCGGCCUCUCACAUCCUCGCCACACUCCCCGCCGAAGCCCGCAACGACGCUCUCACGGCCAUCCACGCCGCCCUCACCGAAGCCAAGGAUGACAUCCUGGCCGCAAAUGCACGCGACUUGGAGCUCGCCCGCAAGGCUGCCGCCGAUGGGACCCUGAGCCAGAGUCUCGUCUCUCGCUUGGACCUGGGCAAGAAGGGCAAGUUUGAGGAUAUGCUUAAGGGUAUCUUGGAUGUGAGAGAUCUGGAGGACCCAGUUGGCAAGGUCACAUUGAGGACAAAGCUGGACGAUGGUCUCAUCCUCGAGAGAGUCACUUGCCCCAUCGGCGUUCUGCUCAUCAUUUUCGAGGCUCGCCCCGAGGUUAUCGCCAACAUCGCCUCCCUGGCCAUCAAGUCUGGCAAUGCUGCCAUCCUCAAGGGCGGCAAGGAGUCAAUCGAGUCAUUUGUGGCCAUCUCCCAGGUCAUUUCCUCCGCCCUCGAGAACCUCCAGAAGCCCAAGGUCCCCAACUCGGCCGUCCAGCUCGUCAGCUCUCGCGACGUCAUUCCACAGCUGCUUGCACUCGACGAGUACAUCGACCUCGUCGUCCCCCGUGGCUCUAACGAGCUUGUCCGCUACAUCAAGGAGAACACCAAGAUUCCCGUCCUGGGCCACGCCGAUGGCUUGUGCUCCAUCUUCCUGACCGGUUCGGCGGACCCCAAGAUGGCGGCGGAUGUCGUUGUGGACUCCAAGACGAGCUACCCCGCCGCCUGCAACAGCGUGGAGACCCUGCUCGUGCAAGAGUCCGCUCUCGAGACUUCGUUCCCCGUGGUUGCUGAGGCUCUGAUCGCCAAGGGCGUGACGCUUCACUGCGAUCGCCAAUCCAAGGAGGUCCUUCUGUCUAAGCUCUCUGGUGAUGCUGCCUCCAAGGUGGUCGAUGUCAAGGAUGCCGACUACGACACCGAGUUCCUGUCCCUCGACGUCGCGGUCAAGGUCGUUUUCUCCAUGGCCGAGGCCGUGCAGCACAUCAACACCCACGGUUCCAAGCACACCGAGGCCAUCCUUACCUCGGACGAGCAGGAGGCUGAGAAGUUCAUGAACUCUGUGGACACUGCUGGUGCCUACUGGAACGCGUCCACCCGCAUGGCGGACGGCAUGCGUUACGGCUUCGGCACUGAGGUUGGUAUCAGCACCAACAAGAUCCACUCUCGUGGUCCCGUUGGCUUGGAGGGUCUCAUGAUUUACAAGUACAAGAUUAGGGGACACGGUCAGGUUUCGUUGGCGUAUGGCGAGGGAGAGGGCAAGAAGCCUUUCAAGCACGAGAAGAUGGCUAUCUAA